CAAUCAGCUCUUUCCGAUGGCAAGAUGGCAGUGCAAGGUCUGACUGGGAGCUGUUUCCUCGCAGUGGUUUUGUUCACUGGGAUACUGGAGGCCAGUCUGCCACUUCUGCAGUUGCGUGCUGUGGUGGGGGAGAUCUUCAUCCAUGAACUGGAAAGAGAAGGCUUUCAGGAGUACUUCACUGACCAUCCAGAAGUGUCGUUUGAUCCCCCCAUCACUUUCCAUGCCAACUUGCUGGAUCAUCCGGAUUUGCCCCAGUGGCUACGCUACAUCCAACGCACUCCGUUCCAGACGGGCUAUCUCUACGGGUCUGCCACGGACAAAGAAGUUGGCACAGAGACAAUUGAGGUGACGGCAUAUAACAGAUACACCUAUGAGACUGUGAGACAAACCAUGGUCAUAAGCAUUGUCCCAUCUCCAGACGGAGAGAUGCCCUACCAGGCUGACUUCUCAGUGAAGAACUGGAACGUAGAGGAAGUGCUGCCAACCGACGUUCACGAACGUUUCCAACAAGCCGUGGACAGCAUGUGGGAGCAAGAAGGCUUGGUUGUUGUCAAUAUCUCCUCAGCCUUGGACCGGGGAGGCCGUGUGCCUUUGCCGAUUGAGAACAGGAAGGAAGGAAUCUACAUCAAGGUGGGCUCCAAGGAUCCAUUCACUGAGUGCUUGACAGAGGCCAAGUCCCCUGAAAACCGUUACCGGUGUAAGUUGGAGCAACAGCCGGUCAUUACCUGUUACGACAGCUUCAGCCCCAGAUUCAAAGUGGACUGGUGCAAUCUUACCCUGAUAGACCUCACAGAUGUAAACACCACAGAAAUGGUGAUGGUCUACGGUGAUGGGGUGCUUGAGCCUGGCCCAGAAUUCAAUCCUCCAGAGGAUGCCCCUGAUAGGUUGUUCCUCACUGACUUCUUGCUCACUUUCCUUCUCCCUCUCAUUGUGGGCAUUCUUCUCUGUCUCAUCCUGGCCUACAUCAUGUGCUGCCGACGGGAAGGCGUGCACCGAAGAGACAUGAAGACUUCAGAAUGGAUUCCCAGUGUGAUGGAUGAGAAUUUUCCUGCCACUAUCAUCUCUCAGUACUAUGAUAAUUUUGUUGGCUUGGACAGGAAACUCAAGAUGAUGGAUUUCACUUUGUUUCAUGUUUUCAUUUUAAUAACUGUAGUGAUUGGGGUGAAGAAUGGGAUGGAUUAAUGUGGUCAUUCUUUGUAAGGUUGGCUUGGAAUAUUUUCAUUCCGUGGAGGUUGCUCCUAGUCAUCAAAACAGUAGGAUGUCUGCAGCUACUAAUGUGAUCUCACUGCAUGCCAGAGAUUCUUGGCCGACUCUUGCAAAAUUGAAGACCAGAAUUCUUAGGUAAAACCCUGGCAGUUAAAACUUACAGAAGACUUUUCAAGUAUAUAUGUCUUUUGCUUUCCAUUUU